AUGCAGCGACAGUAUUCCUACGAGCCAGAACAACCUUACGACGACCCCUACAACACUCCUCCUCAGCGACCUUACGACCAGCCAUACGACAAUAGAUACCACUCUCCAGCUCCCGAAUACCAAUCACCGCCACAUUCACAGGGUUUUCCCUCAGCACAUCCAGACAGUUCUUUCGAUCGAUUACGAUCCGCACGAAGAUACAGUCAAGAACGAGAUCAACCUCCUCUCCACGGCUACGGCCAACCUGCGAAUCCAGCUCCCCCGCCCCCUCCACAUCGAGACGCACAAGGACGACUCUGGGGAAGAGAAUUAGGAUACACGGCAUCGCAAGCCUCGAACAUCACACCCGGAGCAGAUAACUUCGGCGAGCAAGCAUCAGGAGGAAUAGCAGGUAUUGCGAUGGGAGUGGCAGAUGCGAAUGCGCGAGAAAGCGGUCUUGAAGCAAUGAGGAACACACCAGGCUACGAUCCAAGAAUGGAGAUGCGAGGAGGUUCUGGGGAUAGGGACUAUUACGAAGAGUCUCCAUACAUGCAACCUGCGCCGCGGAAUGAGCCAUCAGCUUCAUCUUUGACGCCCAUGGGCGCUGCUGCAUUUCCUCCGGGAAUGGCUUCUCCGCAAGCAAGAUCCAUUGUUUCACGCUCGGCCCACAGCUCUAACCAGGAUCCAAUUAACCACGAACCUUAUGUUGAUUCCCCAUACAAUCGGUACUCCCGAAACUUAGAUCCUAGCCUUGCCGAGUUCGACCCCAGUACAAUUGAGGAUGAUGGUGAUGAUGGUCUAGAUUACAGAAAUCAGAACAACAGAUCUAUGUUGAGCCUAGGUCAUGAUUCGGACAGGAUAACGCCAGUAGCUGGUGGUGCCGCUGCAGGUGGUGUUGUGGGCGGUCUGCUAGGAAGGAAAGCUGGACCUGGUGCAAGUGGACCCCAAUACGAUCCCGUCGGAAACCCUUACCCAGGACCGACCAACUUUGAGUUGGGACAAGAGAAAGCAGAAUGGGCGAACAAAUCAGCAGCCCAUAGGAAGAAGCGGAAGUGGAUGAUAAUAGCUGGUGUCGUUGUCCUUAUUCUUGCCAUUGCUGGUGGAGUUGUGGGAGGCAUCUUUGGCGCUCGCAAUUCCGGAUCCUCAGAUACACCAAAGGGCGCUUCAGCAUCCAUGGAUGAGGCGACUAAUGGAGAUCUCAACAAAGAUUCUCCGGAGAUCAAGAAGUUGUUGGGAAAUACCAAACUACACAAAGUGUUCCCUGGGAUCGAUUACACGCCUAUGUACACACAAUACCCCGACUGUUUGACCUACCCAGCGUCUCAAAACAACGUAACACGAGACAUGGCGGUCCUCUCCCAACUUACGAAUGUAGUACGACUUUACGGAACAGACUGCAACCAAACGGAAAUGGUCAUCCACUCCAUUGAACAACUAGGCUUGAAGAACGAAGUCAAAGUAUGGAUGGGUGUCUGGCAGGACAGGAACGACACAACCAACCAACGCCAACUCGACCAGAUGUACUCCAUCUUCGACAAAUACGGCGCCGACCCAUUCGUCGGAGUCAUCGUAGGAAACGAGGUCCUCUUCCGCGAAGACAUGACCGCCGCAGAGCUCAAGACCGUCCUCACAGGCGUCAAGACCAACCUCACAGCCGCAGGCAUCAGCCUCCCACUCGCAUCGUCCGAUUUAGGCGACGACUGGACCGCCGAAUUAGCCAACGAGGUCGACUACGUGAUGGCUAACAUCCACCCUUUCUUCGCAGGCGUGGACUCCAAGAGCGCCGCGUCGUGGACAUGGGAUUUCUGGCAGAAUCACGACGUGGUGCUCAAAGCCGACGUCUCCAAACACAUCAUCUCCGAGACUGGCUGGCCAUCCACUGGUGGGACGGGCUGUGGAGGGGCAGCGACGUGCACGGGUGGUUCGGUCGCUGGGAUUGACGAGAUGAACUCUUUCAUGGAUGAUUGGGUGUGUCAGGCGCUGGCGAACGGCACGAAUUAUUUCUGGUUCGAGGCGUUUGAUGAGCCGUGGAAGAUCAAGUUUAAUGAGAAGGGGAAGGAGUGGGAGGAUAAGUGGGGGCUGAUGGAUGUUAAUCGUAAUCUGAAGCCCGGCGUCACCAUUCCGGAUUGUGGGGGGAAGACGGUUUCGAAGGUUUGA